AUGGUAAAAGUUGCCAUCCUUGCCGCCUUUGCCGCCACCACGGCCACCGCCAAGAUUGCCUCCAGCGUCCACCGCCUCUUGGAGGUCGCCGAUUCCGUCAACGUCGUGGUCGAGUUCAAAGACAGCAAUACCCAAGCUCUUCGCACCGCUAACUUGGAGCUCAACUCGAUCCAGGGACGCGGCCCCCGCAUCGCCCACUUGCGCUCGCUCUUGGUCAAGUCUAUGGAGUCGUCCCAGCAAGCGGCACUUGAGCUCUUGACAUCGCAGCCCGAGGCGUUCUCCGUGCGAGCCGAGCAGUUCCACAUCAGCAACUCGCUCUUCCUCUACGGCGUCAACCGCAUCGUGCUGGACGAACUAGCCAAGCUUGACACGCACGAUGACGCGGUCGUGGACUUGUCCGUCGUCUCGGACAACUCGACCGAGGCGACUGUUUUCGCCAACGAGUGGGGCGUCGACCUCAUCAGCGCGCCGACCGUGUGGGCGUCCGGCAACCGCGGCCAAGGUGUCGUCGUCGGUGUGCUGGAUACCGGGGCAAUUGCGACCCACGACGCGCUCAAGGCCAACUACCGAUCCACGUACGGUUGGUUCGACCCCACCGACAAGUCGGCCACCCCGAUCGACACGAACGGUCACGGCACGCACGUUGUCGGAACGGCGGUCGGUGCGAACGGGAUCGGGGUCGCGCCGGGUGCCCAGUGGAUCGCGUGCCGCGGGUGCACGACGAGUUCGUGUCCCGAGGCAGCGCUGACGGCGUGCGCCCAGUUCAUGCUCUGUCCCACGGACGCCAAGGGCCUCAACCCCAAGUGCGAGUUGGCGCCGCAUGUGAUCAACAACAGUUGGGGCGGCGGGUCUGGCUCGACCUGGUUCCAGGCCAACGUGAACGCGUGGCGCGCUGCCGGCAUCAUUCCCGUCUUUGCCAACGGGAACUCCGGACCGAGCUGCAGGACGGCCAACUCGCCUGGUGACUACAAGAACGUGAUUGGGGUCGGGGCUGUCGGGUCGGACGACAGACUGGCGAGCUUUAGCAGUCGCGGGCCGGCUCGAGAUGGCACGCUCAAGCCCGACGUGUCGGCUCCCGGUUUCCAAGUCCGUUCCGCGUGGAGCACGGGUAAUUCGGCGUACAGGACCAUCUCGGGCACCUCCAUGGCAUCUCCCCACGUCACGGGGGCUGUCGCGCUCUACCUGAGUCGCAACAAGGGCGCGACGUACGCCGAGGUGUACCGUGCCUUCACCACGUCCACCGACACGAGUCGGUUGACACCCGAGAAUAAAAACUGCGGCGGCGUCUCGGACGCUAGAUACCCCAACAACAGCUACGGUCACGGUCGCAUCAACGUGGCGCGCGCAAUUGGUGGCGGUCCUACGCCGACUACGACCCGUCCAACCACUCGACGCCCGGUUCCCCGCGUCGUCAACAACGAGGCCGAGAUUGCUGUGCUGGAACAAAACCUCGCCGAGCUCCGCGGCAACUAG